UAAAAACCAGCCACACAACAAAAAUGCGAUCGCCGCUGAUGUCGCCAGCGUUGCCGGCGUUGUUGUCGCUCUAACUGCGAACGGUGUCUGUGCAGCUCCGCUCAACCUGUCCGCCGGCUCAACUGGACAACAGCCGCUGUGCUCCCAUCGAGAGACAAGCGGACGAGCGGCCAUAAAUUAGUUGCCCGAUAAACAGCAGCAGCAGCAGCAGCAGCAGCAGCAGCAGCAUGUCGCAGUCACAAACGCUGCCGCAUGAUGCCUCCGGAGGAGCUACUCUGGAGGAGAAGCCGCUGAACAAUGGCUAUGCACCGAUGGAGGAGCUAAAUGCCACAGUGGUGUCGCCGCUACUGGGACAGCAACAGCAGCAGCAACAGCUCCAGCAACAGCAGCUGCAGCAGAACAAGUUGCCCACGGUGGUGUUCCUCUCACCUGAUGGCAGUGGUGGCGUUGGCCUGGGCAGUGCCCUGCAACGGAACAAUCCCAAUCCAGGCAGUGUUGCUGGCGGAGUGGGCGUAGGUGGAGGACAGCCAUCGCGCAGCAGCAGCGAUUGGUUGCUUAAGGAGUCGCAGCAACGUCGUCGCCUUCUCAUCCUGGCCAUUGCCUUCACCGUUUUGGGAGCAGCCAUUGGAGCACUGGCCAUCUACUUUGCCAGUGUGCACCAGCGAUGUCAGCUAUAUCACCUGGAACCAGGCCACGAUGACAGCAGACCCAACUCCAGGUGGAAUCAGGAGGGACAGGAGAACAGCCACGAGGGGCAGGACAACAUUUGCAUGACCCAGGAGUGCGUGAGAACAGCGGCCUCGCUGCUCUCGGCCAUGGACCUUGGUGCCGAUCCCUGCGAGGAUUUUUUCCAGUAUGCUUGCGGCACAUGGAACAAGUUGCAUCCUAUACCCGAGGACCGUAGCUCCAUUAGCACCUUUGAGGUGCUGUCUGACCAGCAGCAGGUCAUACUGCGAGGUGUCCUUGAGGAGCCCAUCGAUGAGCGUGACAACCAGGCCACUAUCAAGGCCAAGACCUUCUUCAAGAGCUGCAUGGAUAUACCCCAGAUCCGGAAGAUUGGCAUAGGACGACUGAAGGAGGUCCUGCGCUCUCUGGGCGGUUGGCCGGUAAUCGAACGCGACUGGCGUCCUCCGGAGGAUCUCUCCGUGGAGCGUCUAAUGGGUCAGCUGCGACUGAACUACAGCGAGCCAGUCAUGAUCGAGCUGUAUGUGGGCGCUGAUGACAAAAACAGUUCGGUGAACAUCCUGCAAAUGGAUCAGUUGCAGUAUGCUUUGCCCUCCAGGGACUAUUACCUGAAGGAGAGCAGUGCCAAUGACAGGCGGGCCUAUCAUCGUUACAUGACGCAGGUAUCAUUGCUACUUGGAGCAGAUCCAGCUACUGCUGCCGAUGAACUGGAGCAGGUGGUCUUGUUUGAGACGCAACUGGUGAAUGUCUCCCUGGCGGAGGCGGAUCGUCAUGAUACCAGUGCCGUCUAUCGGAAGACAACGCUGCCGGAGCUGCAGCAGCUAGUGCCGGAAGUGCAAUGGACAGAGUACUUGCAGUCGGCUUUGGGCAAGAAUAUUGCCCUGCAGGAGGAUGAGCCGCUAGUGACCUACGGUCUCGUCUAUCUCACCGAAAUGGGCAAGAUUCUGGCCCGCACCGAUCGACGUGUUGUGCACAACUACAUGUUGUGGCGUCUGGUCAUGUCUCUGACCACGCACAUGAUUGAUGAGUACCAGCGGGAGAGGGUGGAGUUCCGUAAGAUCCUGUUGGGCAUUCAGUCGGAGCGAACGCGUUGGUCCCAGUGCGUGGAGUGGACCAACAAGAAGUUGGGUGUUGCCGUCGGUGCGCUCUUCAUUCGCGACAACUUUAAUCAGGAGAGUAAAGCCGUUGCUCUAGAGAUGAUCCAUACCAUACGGGCGGCCUUUAAUGAACUGCUUGCUGAGAACCAUUGGAUGGAUGAUGAGACGCGGGCGGUGGCCAAGGAGAAGGCGGACUCAAUGAAUGAACGCAUUGGCUAUCCAGAGCUGCUGACCAAUGCCACCGAGCUGGAGCAGGAGUAUGUGAAUCUGACCAUUGUGCCGGACAACUUUAUUGACAAUGUGCUGAGCAUCCUGCAAUGGGAGUCGGAGAAGGUGCUUAAUCUACUGCGACAGCCGGUGGAUAAGGAAAAGUGGACCACCGAGCCGGCGGUGGUGAAUGCCUUCUACAAUCCCAACAAGAAUGAUAUAGUAUUUCCUGCUGGCAUCCUGCAGCCGCUGUUCUAUAGCCAACACUUUCCCAAAUCGCUAAACUAUGGCGGCAUUGGUGUGGUUAUUGGCCAUGAAAUCACCCAUGGCUUCGAUGACAAGGGCCGGCAAUUUGACAAGGAGGGCAACAUGAUGCAGUGGUGGAACAAUGCCACCAUUGAGGCCUUUCGCGAGAGGACGCAGUGCGUCAUUGAUCAGUAUUCGCGGUAUAAGAUCAAUGAGGUGGAUAUGUUCAUGGAUGGCCGGAUGACGCAGGGCGAGAAUAUAGCGGAUAAUGGUGGCCUCAAGCAGGCCUUUAGGGCCUAUAAGAAAUGGGAGACCCUGCAUGGUCGAGAACCGCAGCUGCCCGGUCUGAAUAUGACCCACGAUCAGCUCUUCUUUCUCAACUAUGCCCAGAUCUGGUGCGGAUCGAUGCGACCGGAGGAUGCUUUGACCAAAAUCCGCUCUGCGGUCCACUCACCGGGCUUUGUCCGUGUCCUGGGACCGCUUUCGAAUUCGCGGGACUUUGCUCGCGCUUAUAGCUGCCAGUUGGGCAGCACUAUGAAUCCAGAGGAUAAGUGCAGUGUGUGGUAGUCAUCAGUAGUAGUCAUAGUUGGCGUUUUUUUUAUAUAUUUAUAUCGCAUACUAUAACGGUAUAUAUAGCAUACACGAUAAUACAAGACGAGUACACGAAGUAGAUGAUCGAUCACCUGGGAAUAAUGACAAUGCGAAUCGGAUCACUUGCUCCAACUUUUUUUUUGUGUAGUUUCCUGUUUUCUUUUCCUUUGUGUUUGUUAUAGCGCAGUAAUAUCUGCAUGUUUACCCUAAAAUACCUGGCUAUUAAGAUAUAUAGGUGUAGCUGUAUGAGUAUUUAUGUGCUAGGCGAGACCAGAUUACCACAGUAGCUCCCGCACUUGCCACAUCCCUCCUAGGCUCCUCCCCAAGCGAAGAACAACAAUAUAUUCGUGAAUAAAAACAACAAAUUAUGAAAAAUAA